AUGGCAGCUCAAAGAAGGCCCUUUGGAAGACUUCCGUCUGAGAACGACGUUGGAGGCCCCGCAAUACGCAUCCCAGGGCCAGCUCAACAGACUCAACAGUUACCAACAGCUCAGCGGCUUCCCAAACGAACAACGAAAACCGCUGAAAAGGGGAUCUCGCUUGAUACCCAAUAUGAUCAAUUCCCUUCUGAAAUCCCAGAUGAUGAGGCAGCUCCUUUCCUGUCCGGACUUCCGAAGCCUGGAAAUCUACUGACUUCCAAAGUGAACCGUAAAUAUCUGCCACGUGUCACUGCUUACUGUACGGCUGCAUCAUAUAAUCUGGAAAAGCUACACGUCGUAUUCGAUGAUCUGAGACCGUACGAUGCUCUUCCCACCACUAAACGCUACGACGAAGCCCUCUACACCACAAUCGACCCAUCUCGCGUCCCCAUCGAUCUCUCAACCUUCAUCCCCCCCUCAUCCUUAAACAAUAACAUUGCAGUAACAGUCCAACCCUCCCAACUCCAAUCGCACCAACCACACGUAAACCAUCCGCAAGUACAGCCUACAAUACCCGACCUAUUACAAACAGACUUGGAUACCCGAUUUCUUGACGUGGACGAUCAGCAGGUAGUUGAUGCUCGCGACUCUUUCUUUGAACAGAAUGUGGAUUCUACUGGUGCGCCGUUGCCGAGUAGUAUACCGAUGGAGAGUAUUGCAAAGAAGAUUGCGCCUGUUGGGGAGUUGUUCUUGUUUGAUUAUGGGGUUGUGGUGUGCUGGGGUCUGAGUGAGUUUGAGGAGAAGGUCGUGCUGGAUUUGAUUAGGCCUUUUGAGGAGGAGUCUGUUAAACCGGAUGAGAUUGAAAAAGAAGACUUUGUAUUCUUUUACAAUGUACUGGCACCGCCUCAAAUCUUCAACGACAUAAUAACGCUGAGGAAACCCUCGAAUGUGAAACAUAAGCUCGCCAUCUCCCACGCCAUCGCCCAAAGCACAAAACUCACAGUCUACGAAUACCUCGUCGAAGACACCAUCGAAGGCACGAAAUCAAUCCCAGAAACAAUGGCCAUGACAGGUAGAAUCCACAUGUCUCGUGGCCAAGUGAAUCGAAAAAUCGGUUCCCUCUUCGCCAUGCGAAUCAAUGUGAAUCUCGUCAGCAAUGUCCUUGAUGCACCCGAAUUGCUAUGGUCGGAACCAUCACUCGAACCAUUAUAUAAUGCUAUUAGACUGUAUCUAGAGAUCACGCAACGGGUGGAUUUGCUGAAUCAACGUGUACAGAUUAUUUCGGAUUUAUUGGAAGUUUUGAAGGAUAAUAUGACGUCGUCGCAUGAUGAGGCUCUGGAGUGGAUUGUGAUUAUAUUGAUUGCUACGGAGAUUGUGCUGGGGGUGUUUCAGAUGUUGUUGGAUAUGUAUGUCCUAUUGCUUAUCUGA